AGUAAGACAUUCAAUAAACGUUUUUCAAAGUCAUCUAAAUCGACGGUUUGUACUCUUUGAGUCAAAUCAAUACCAUUCGUAUGACGUCAUCCAAUACGUCAUCAUUCUGAUCUAGCCCGGUAUCGUGGUCCGCGAAACACAUAAUUGCCACCUCUCUCUUCUCCUUCCCGUACCAGACCACUUCCUUUCCAAAUCUGGGUCCAUUUUCGUUUUCCACGACAAAAAGCCGAAACAAGAAAAACCAUUAGCAAUAAAUUCAGAAAAAUAAAGGAAAAUCUCAGUCACAAUAGCUAUCUAACAAGUAACCUGUCAAUUUUGAUCGAAAUGAAGGAUGAUGAUAAUCUUCCGACUACGACGGCAACGGCGACGACAGCGGCAAAUGUCAAGAAGGAAAGUGCAGAUUCGAGUUUGUUCGCUAGAGGUCGAUACAAAUUUUGGGCGUUAGCUGCCAUUUUGGUGCUCGCAUUCUGGUCAAUGUUCACCGGAACUGUUACUCUUCGUUGGUCCGCUGGCAAUCUCAAUCGUCUUUCUGACGAUCUCGACACCCCCAUCCACGACGACCUUGACGUUCUGGAAAUGGAGGAGAGGGAGAAGGUGGUGAAGCAUAUGUGGGAUGUGUACACUAACAGCCGUCGGAUCAGAUUACCGAGGUUUUGGCAGGAGGCUUUUGAGGCUGCCUACGAGGAUUUGACCAGUGAUGUGCCUGGAGUUAGAGAAGCUGCCAUCACUGAGAUUGCUAAGAUGUCUGUUCGCUCUUUCAAUCUCGAUCCGCCUCCUACCCAAUCAACGGGUACACGGAGUUUGAGUAAGGAUCUGAAGCUAGCGGAGGCACGCAGAGCUAUCUUAUCCUCAGCAGGCAGCAAUCAAUGAUGGAAAUGCAUACCGAGGAGGAUCGGAAGCUCUUUAAAGUUUAAUUCUUCUGUACCUUGCUUGUGCUGUCCAAAGUUUGUGAGAGAGGUAGAAACCCAUAUACCUUGAUGUUUUUAUAACAGGGAUGAAACUAUAUACUUAUUUUAGCUUCGAUUCUUCUAAA